UCUUAGUUCGUUUUUAGUAGGAGCGUGGCAGGAGUCAUGAAUCGUUACCGAAGGGUUCACGUUCUAGAUUGGGAAUUGAUCGCGAGGUUUGUAGCUUUUAGAGAAAAAUCUUUAUGCUCAGACUAGAAAGAAUUCAGUAUUGCAACUGCGUUCGUCCACUACGGAGUUAUUGAGCUCGGGUUCUCGAGUAACUACGAAAGCCAAUUCUUAUCACAAUCGACCGUAGAAGUGUCAACACAACUUAUAGCGGAAGUUCUCUUUGUGAUCAGAGUACUCUAUAACAGAAUGUCGGCAUAGUGCCCUAGAAUUUGGUCAAAACCGGUGACACUAGUUUCGCCUAAAAGGACAUGUGGGAAUUAUACUACUUUCAGUGAACGGUUUAACACGGUAGCUUGUUUGCCCGGUACGGUUAAAACCUUUUCUGAAUGCGGUAAAGAUACUGUAUGAGAUUUGUGCAUCGGCAGUUCAGUGUUUUCGGAAGUUGAUUAGAAACGAGUGAUGAUGGUCAGCAUGGAUUCGCGAGACAAUUUCACAGACAUCUCUUGGGCGUCCAACUAUAUUAUGAAGAUGGCGAUCGACGAGUAUCAAACGGAGCGGAACUGGACCCGGUUGAUUUGUCAGUAUUGGGAACUGGUAGAGGAAGUUUUGGCAGAUCCCCGGGCUAAAGAUCUUCCCUUCAUGGGCAACCCGCUGCCAACGCUUUGGAUGGUCACGACGUAUCUUGCAUGGGUGUUGGUGAUCGGCCCAACAUAUAUGCGUGAUCGCAAACCUAUGCAGUUGACCAGGACACUGUUCUACUACAAUCUGUUCCAGGUACUACUGAGUGCUUACAUGUUUUAUGAGCAUUUGAUGGCCGGUUGGGCACGCGGUUACAGUCUCACUUGUGAACCUGUGGAUUAUUCCGAUGGUGUGCUUUCGAGAAGAAUGUUUGAUUUGUGCUAUCUCUAUUACCUGUCGAAAUUGACCGAGUUUGCAGAUACUGUUUUCUUCGUACUCAGAAAGAAGAAAUCACAGAUAUCAUGGUUGCAUCUAUAUCAUCAUUCGUUGACUCCUAUCGAAACUUGGAUAUUGACCAAGUUUUUGGCCGGAGGCAACACUACUCUACCAAAUAUUAUCAACAAUUUCGUCCACACGUUGAUGUACUUCUACUAUCUACUUUCGUCGAUGGGCCCCCAGUAUCAGAAGUAUCUUUGGUGGAAGAAGUACAUGACCGAGAUACAAAUAGCUCAAUUCAUCAUUUGCAUCGUGCAUGCCAUCCUUGCACUGCUCACCGAUUGUAUAUAUCCAAAGUUCAUAACGCUUCUGUUGUUAUGCAAUGCGCUCAUAUUCUUCGUACUGUUCAUGAACUUCUAUCUGGACAGCUAUAAGAAGGUGUGCACACAAAUUAAAGUUGACACCAAGGAGAAUUUAUUGGAUACGGAGAAUAAUAACUGUGUAAUGUUGAAGGAAGCCCCAAACGAACGGCGGACGGCUCGCAACGACCAGUAGUCUUUACAGCUAGUAAAAGUAGUAAGUGAGAACAAAAAAUAAACACACAAAGGAAGUCUGAACGGGAACUACUAGUGAUUCUAAUGUGUCCGAUAUGACACGCUUGUAAAUAACAGAUUUCAACCAGCUAUGCACGAUUGAUACCCACGUUUUAUACUUAAUUGUAAUGAACAAUUGUAACAUGUACUAAAACCUAGCGAUAGAUUUAUAUUAGAUGUAAGCUUUCUGUUGAAGACUGUGUAAUAAUGUGACUAUAUUUAUCAGUUUAGUGUUAUUCUAUUAAGUGUAAAUAAAUCAACUAUAUUCUACCGUUGCGUAGUAGUUCAGUUUUCUAUCAUUGAUCUUGAUGGUAUAACACAAUCAGCAUUGUGGAAUAAAUUUGCUUCAUCAUUUUUGAACUCUGCUUCAUGUAACGUAUUCCGAAGAACAUGCUAAAAUUUCACGGCAGGGCAAUCCGUACAUUAUAAACACCAUUCUCCCUUCAAUAGCUACUAUAAAUGGCGCUAUGAUGAACGAUAAUCGUCCUGUAACUAUAGUUGUGUAUUCGUUUGCCCCCCACUUAUUGCACAGAACUCGUGAUAAGCAACGAAUGUUUGACCUUGAACUGGCAAAUUGCUUUCUAGGAAAAUCCGGUGAUCGUCUGAAUGAACGGAAAAUCGAUUCUCAACGCCGCAUGUAUUGUAGCGCCGUCAAAAGCAGUAGAACGAAGUACUUUUUGAACGAGUACUGAUAAAAUAUUCAACAUAAGUGAUGGGCUAAUUUGUCUUCAAUGGAGUUUAACAUAUAGGUCAGAUAAGUCAUCUUACAUGGAUAAAUUACAUGAAAAAAUAGGAUGCUCUAUUCGAUCGUUUCUUGCAAAAAAAUAAAAGACGGGUUAGUAAUGUCAGAGGCAUAACUGGAUAAGGUGAAUACGAAUAAAACUGAUAUGCUUUUCCUCACUUCGGAAAAUUGUUGAGCGAAUUCUAUACCUAUUUAUUAUAAAAAAGGUAAACAAACAGAAUAGAAAUACAUUUAUGUCUAAUCUUACCUAAAAUUUGGAAUAAUUUGGAAUUUUUCAUGUGACUGUGAGUUAAAUGAUUGCGACGACCGACGAAUAAUAUGUGAAAAAAAUCAAAUGAAUCCAAAUAUUUUCAAUUUAUAACGCAAAACAUUCGUAUUUUUGUAUUUUCAGGGGAACCUUUUGGGAAGUGUCAAAACAUAUUUGGUGAAUUGUUGUACCUGAAACAUAUAUCAAGUUAUUAGUUAAAAAUGAGAUAAAUAAACAAAAUCUGCUCGA